GAUUGUAAAGAUGCCAGAAUUUGGUUUAAUGUCUACACUUCCUUGAUAAAAGUGGAUAAAUCAUUUUAAAUAAUGAAAAUAAAUGAUUCUGAAAAAGGAUAAUAUAUUGCCAUUACUGCACUCAAGGAACGUGAGUCUAUCAUAGAGAAUUCCCCAAGACCAGCGAGAGCAAUUAACCGAGAAUAUUCCACGGAACAACCAUUAGAGAACUGAAGAAAAACGUAUUUUCCUGGGAGUUAUAGUUCAUUCAAAAUUCAAAAUGGAUUCUUUUUGUAAAGCAUAUAUUUUAGUGGCAGUGGUGUUCACGUUAACGGGACUUUGUUCGGCGAAGUUAUGGGAUUCACCUGGCUUUUCCGACUAUGAGGACCAUCCAUGCCGGCGUGAUUGUCUCAGAACUAGUUCCAUGACUUGUGAAUAUAACUUUACAAUCGAGCAUUACCAGACGUUGUCACGUGCAUGUUAUAACUGUCCCUUUAAUAUGACCGACUGUAGCCGACCACACUGUGUCCCGGCUGACGGAUUUCUACGUGCAAUAAAAGUCGUCAACAGAAUGAUGCCGGGACCAGCCCUACAUGUAUGCGAGGGUGACACCAUCGUUGUAAACGUAUAUAAUCAACUCAGUGAUUUUGAGGGGACGGCUAUACACUGGCACGGUAUACUACAGGAGGAGACGCCUCACAUGGACGGUGUUGCCAUGGUUACACAGUGUCCUAUACCAGUCCAUUCUGUCUUUCAGUACAGAUUUAAUGCUCAAAAUGCUGGUACCCACUAUUGGCAUGCGCACGCAGGACUCCAACGAGGUGAUGGGAUAUUUGGCGCGCUUAUUGUUCGUGAUACUUCGGUAACUUCCGUGAAGAGAUUAUAUGACGAUGAUUUACCGGAACAUACAGUGUUUCUCCAGGACUGGCUGGACCAGUAUACAUCAUCUAAGUUUGCCUUACAUCAUCAUGGAAUGAAUGAUAACCAACCGUCUUCUAUACUAAUUAAUGGUAGAGGAACAGUUUUCGGACACGAUAAAAAGGAUGCAAUGCCACAUGGCGGACAUUCGAUGGGCGGUAUGAAUGGAAUGGGCGACAUGGAUGAUUCAGAUCACUCUAUGGGUGAUAUGGGAAAUACCACACACGACAUGGGUCAUGAUAAUACAACAAUGCCAGGAAUGCCUGCAACUACAACAAAAACAACUACACAUGGUUCCCAUGGAGAUCACGCGGAUAUGGGCGGAACCACAAUGGCGAUGAACAACCAUGACAUGGUUAAAGAAACAAACGACACACAGAAAGCAUUUGUUCCGCACAGUGUGUUUAGGGUACAAAGAGGUAGGCGAUAUAGAUUUCGCUUUAUUAGCAAUGGUAUGCUGAAUUGUCCACUAAAAGUUUCCGUAGAGAAACAUGUACUGACCAUUAUAGCAAGUGACGGCAACGAUAUCUUUCCAACUGAAGUCGAUAGCAUAACAAUUUUCGCGGGAGAAAGAUAUGACGUUGUUUUGAUCGCAAAUCAGUAUGUUGGAAACUACUGGAUGCACGUGACUGGACUUGGAGAUUGUCAGGUCAACAACAUGUCACAAACAGCUAUUAUUAGAUAUGAUGGUGCGAUGGAAAUGGAACCGAAAACCGGAAGUAAAUAUUCAGACGGCGACAGACAAGGCAAAAAUGGUAAUCCAAUGACGUUUCAUAGUGACGUCAUCACCGUCGCUGAAAUGAAAUCUGAAGCGUCACCAAGUGACGUUUACACGGCUCACAACGUGAAUAGAUUCUAUAUGAAUCUAGGAUAUAAUGAAGUAGAAAAUUAUCACUUCUUGAAUGCUGAUCAUUACCCAUUGGCCGAGAUGUACCAAAUGCAUACAGGUUCCCAUGGUAACCAUCUGUUUGCAUUACAAAUGAAUGACAUCACAUUCAGAAUGCCUAUGUCACCGGUGUUGACACAGUACAGAGAUUUAGACGAGGGCAUAUUCUGUAACGAGACAUCCAUGAAGAGUAGAUGUCGUGACGAUUUUUGUGAAUGCGUACACCGGGUGAAGGUGGACUUAAAUUCUGUAGUGGAACUAGUCCUUAUUUCAGACGGUCUUCAUGGGCCUGGAAACCAUCCGAUGCACCUGCACGGGCAUUCCUUUUAUGUUCUAGGAAUGGAAAAGUUGAACAACAGUAUUUCCCGGGAAACAAUCGAAGAACUCGACAGGCGCGGUGUAUUAAAGAGAAAUCUCAGAAAUCCAAUUAAGAAGGACACAGUUAUGGUCCCUGACGGCGGAUACACCAUUAUCCGUUUUCGCGCCAGAAAUCCCGGAUUUUGGUUAUUUCAUUGUCACGUGGACUUUCAUUUCGCGCUCGGAAUGUCCGUUGUUUUUCAAGUUGGCGAAAUCCACGAGAUGCGAGCGGUACCUGGCAACUUUCCAAAGUGCGGGAGCUGGCGUUACUCAGAAGAUUCGACGCCAUACGACAUGUGUAGAAACAUCAGUAACCAUGGAAACAAUUUGUCUAUCUCUUUAUCAUUUAUAAUUUUUGUUGCCAUGACAAUUUUGGCAAAUCAUAUUUCUUUGAAAUUGUAGAUAUACAAUUCUAUCGAAAGAAAGCCAGUAUACUUUGAAUAAUUCCAAGGUUUCAAACCUAUAAAUGUGCUUGAAAUGCGUGUGACCGGAUCUCCCAAAGUUGUCUUUAAGAUGCUGACUAAAUGAGAUUCAAGCUCUUAAAACUGCUCACCGCCAUAUAUCUAAUAUCACCGGAAAACGGUCAACAUAAAAUGUUCAUAUUUUACGGAUUCAGGACUUCCGGAAAAAAUUUUCUUACCGGAAACGGAAUGCACACGGUAUCCAAAAAUAUAUUCAUUCAAAGAAAUGGAUAUGAAUUCACGAAAAAGUAUUAUAAAUCGCGGAAUGGAUAUUUAUGCAACUAAUACGCGUUCACGGAAGUUGAACAGCUCUACAAUUGAUAAUGAUAAUGAAUCGGAGGUCUUUCGUGAUAAUCUUGAUGCUCCUUCCGUCUUUUGUUUAAUAAAAUAAAAUGAGAACUUUUAUAAAUAGAGCGAAUGGUGGAAUUGGAAGUUUAACUAGAAAUGUGAUAUUUGUCCAGUUAUUUAUCUUUGCAUGCAGUCACCUGUUUUCUGUGUUGUUGUUUUUUCUUUUGCUUGUAUUUUGUUUAUAAAUAUGUCUUCCAUAUAACAACUGUUUCAUUUAUGCGUAAUUGGAGAAUGCAUUUUGUUGAUGUGAGAUUCGUGUUCUUUCAUUACAUGUAAAAUUUGCCGAGAUUCACCUAAUCCACGUGUUGCACUGACUGUCUGUUUGUUUGUCUGUUUGUCCAAUUUCUUAUUUCUAUAAACGAUUUAUCGUUGUUUUUUUCAAUUACACAUUGCCAUGUACUCGUAAUUUUCCUUUUUUAUUUUCUUGCAAUACGUAAUAUUUUUUACUUGUUAUAGAUCAGAUCUGCAGUCAGUAGUUUAUAUGGAUUUCAACAUUUUAAUGUCUUCCAAAUUAUACAGCUUAAACAUAUGAUAUUUCACUUAAUUACAAAUACUUUGGAAAAAAAUAUAUUCGCGAAAAUAUUUUCUCAUAAGAACAGAUAUUUAUUAAUGUUACCGUAUGCUACCAUGCAUGUACAAUGUAGUUUCUAUUUUACAUUAGAGUGCCAUAUAAUUAUUUGUUUGAUUGUAUGAAUAUUUGUUUGCCUGUUUGACUGAACGAUUCCAUAUUUUUCUGAACGUGAAUAAAUGAUAGAAAUAGAAGCGAUUGCAUCAUGUAUGAUUAACGUUAGAAAUUAAAUGAUGAAGAAAAUAUAAAUCAAAAUUUUAUAAAUGAAAAAAAAAACUCCUUUAGACUAAUUCCUAAUAAAUAUGACGCAUUUGUAUGACUAAUGAAAAUACAAUGUAGAUGUAUUUCAUGAUUUCUAAAAUGAAAAUAAAUGUGUGAAUGAAUAUGUUUGUAUGAUUUCGAAUGAAAAUAAAUGUGUUUGUCUGAUUUCUAAUGGAAAUAGAUUUGUUUGUAUGAUUUCUAAUGAAAAUAGUUUUAAACUUGAAUUUAUAUUAUUGUUCGAAUUCUUCCGCAUGGGAUAAGAAAUGUCAUUUUAGUAAAUUUCGACAUGCAAAAUAUGCUAAAUAAAUAGGAGUAUUCAACAAAAUCUCAUUUUCAAAUCACAAACAAGUGCACGAUUUCUGUCAGCAAGAUACGCUGUUUUGCUACAUAAUAUUAAAUAUCACAAAGUGAUAAGCCGGUUCAAGCCCUGUCUUGGACAAGCUGUUGUUUCCUUGAGUAAGCCAAAAUUUUAUAAACUAAAAGAAAAGCAAAUUUGAGAAAAGUUAAUUCGACUAUAUAGUAUGUGGAAGGUAGCGUAAGUCUUUAUAAUCUUUUAGACAGUAUGCUUCAAUAAUGUUUUAGGUAUAUUAUUUGUAAACCACGGUUUGUGUUACAAAUGUGCGCUAAAGUUGUUUUAAAAAGGCAGUCGCUGAAUAUGUCUUUUAUUGCAAAGCUAAAAAAAUUGAUGUUUGAUAAUACAGUGUUUAGCUUCAUGGACAUCAUGCUCUUUCUUUGUCAUUCAAAAGUAUUAUGUUUGAUGUAAACCUUUUUUUCCUUCUUUUGCGUCUUUUAGAAAUAAUGUAUACAUUUAGAUAUUAUCUAGUAUGAUAGAAAUAAAAAUAUCUAGAAAUCCGAAUUUACUUAAUCAAGAUGUGCUACAUAUGAUAUGUGUUUCAAUUUUUUUAUUUGAUAUAUUCUUUGUUUUAUUUUGAAAGUCAUGCUAAAAACUUACUGUUUGAAUCUGUCAUUGCAUUUCUAUUUCAUGCUUCAAAAAUGGUUUCUAUUCAGUCAAUGAAACUCAUUAUGUACAUUUUAGGUAGAUUUAUAUUUUGUCCUAAUCAUUUUCAAAUGUCACCUGUUGGUCAAACACCAGUUAACUGGCAUAAUGUCACUUUUAUGCUUUAACACAUAAUUAUACUUAUAAAUAUUCACAAGUUAAUAGUAAAAUAAAACUCAGAUGUAUUGUAAACAUAAAUUAUGAAAAUAAAACCUGUACCAGA